AUAUCAGAGAUAAGUCGCUCCACAACAUAAACGCUAAUAUCGUUGACGUGGCGUUUCUGCCACUUAUUUCAGUGUAAUUUGGCUAUAAAGUGAGAUUAUUUCAGAGUAAAAACAUGCCUUUUCACGGUCGACAUUCAGCAGCGACAUCAUAGUGGGUGGACUUCCGAGACCACACACCUACGGGUUCCAGAUAUAGAUCAUCACAGCCACCUUUCACCCGAGAUAACCUUCAGAGUUUUGGGCAUACAUUUUCAAUAUGGAAGACAAAGAAGGAAGAGGAGCCAGUGUUAACAGUGCCUGUCGUAUCAAAAGAAUUAUCUCCGUACCAAAAGUUUCUGACACUGGCCUUCGAAAUUUUCGCUUGGAUAUUUUUAGCAUGGACAAGGAUGAUGAAAAUACAAAGCAAGAUCUAACACUUCUAAAAGCCAGUACUAGCAUCCUUUAUAAGAACAGAAUGGAUGUGAAGCCAUUAUCUAAACCCGUUUUUGUUGAUGCUCCAAGUCCAGAGUUAAAGGAGGAGGAGGAUGAUAGUAUUGAGGUUUCUUCUUAUUUUCAUGAUGAAGAUAGAUAUGAGGAUUUUUCUAAUUAUGAUGAUGAAUCAUCAUCUGACAGCAUUUCUGUGAAACUGCUGAUCAACAAGACACCAACAUCAAAGAUGUCUGUAAAUUACUCAGAUGUUGAACAAGAUAGCAAGGAGAGCCCAGUCAUCCGAACAGAGAUACCAUCGUUGGAGAAGAAAACUUUUCAUAUCUUAUCAGAAUUAAGAAAAUCAUGUCCAGCAAAAAAUGUUGUGUCAGCAUCUGGAUAUCUUCCAUGUGAAGCAGUCGAAGUAAACUGUGACAUAUUUGGGAGCAGUGAUACGAAUGUUGAAGAUGUAGGGCAACUUACCCCUAUAAAGCCUUCAAAUAAGAGAGAAGGAACAUUUGAUGAAAAAGAACAGAGAGGGAUUGGGCUUAGAAAUUUUCGCUUUGACAAGAAUGCACUCAAGGAACAAGAAAACUCUGACACAUGUGAAAGCAGUGAUAUGAUUGUUGAAGAUGUAAGACAACUUACCCCUAUAAACUCUUGUAAUGAUGGAGAAGGAACAAUUGAUGAAACAGAAUCGAGAGAGGUUAAGCUUAGAAAUUUUCGCUUUGACAAGGAGAAGGCAGUCAAGGAACAAGUUAAACUAUUGAGACACAUUCAUAUUGAAGAGGAAGAGUGUUUUAGAGAGAAGGAAUUCACAUCACUACAUGCAAACAACAGUACUCCUGGUGUAAAAACUGGAGGUCUGAGUGGAGACGCACGCACACAUACACCUGGAAAGUUAAGAAAACUUGUGAAUAAUUUAAAUAUUAGGGCCAAUUUUAACAAACCUUACAAGAUAUUUGUUGUGAAAUCAUCUGGCAUGGCUCAGUCUUCAUUAUCCAAACCCGUUUUUGUUGAUGCCCCAAGUCCAAAUUCAAAAAAUAAGGAUGAUGAGUAUAAUAAUGAGAAGUCUACUAUUUAUGUUGAUGAAUCUUCAUCUGAUAACCCCUUGGGUGGCAUGUCUAUGAAACUGCUGAUGAGCAAGACACCACCGUCAAAGGUGUCUGUAAAUUGCUCCGAUGUUGAACAAGAUAGCCAGGAGAGCCCAGUCAUCCAAUCUAAGGUUGUCAAGCGCAUGCGAUUUUUGGCAUCCAGCGAUGAGGAUGAAGACCUUACAUCAGCUAAGAAACAGCAGUUAAAUGAUCACGAUAGUGCCUCAGAAGAUUCAUUUAAUGUGCUGGAAGAGGGUAUUAUUGAAAAGUUUGUAGAUAUGUGGGAAAAGGUCUAUACAUUUGUAGAUAAAAUGGAUAUCUUGGAUAUAUAUAGAAAAAAUGUUUGGGAUGCUGAACUUACAAUGGAAGAUUUAGAUACAAUAAAUAUGAAAAACAAAUACAAACGUGAGAAAAUGGUCAAAAAGAUGUCUAAGAAAAGAAAGUUAGCUAAGCAGAGAGUGGAGGAGAAGAAACAGAAAGUGCCUGAGGAAGAAUUGGCAUCAGUGAUAGGAACAGCAACGAAGGAGAAGUUCAAAACCCAAGAGCAAGCAUGGAAAGUUGGGAAAGGCCACCCAUACCAUUUCUGUCCCUCGUGCAAUAAUGUCGUCGCUAUUCGUCGAAAUGUCUGCAAGUGUGGAUAUAGCUUUGUUGAUGCCAGACAUAAAGCUAAGGAGGAACAAACAAAAAUACCAGAAAAAAAAGUUUAUGCUGUGAAAAACGGCCUAUACCAACUCUGUCCAUCUUGCAAUGUUGCCGUACAUAUUCUUCGAUAUGUCUGCAACUGUGGAUACAGCUUAAUUGAUGCCAGAUGUAAAGCUAAGGAGGAAAGGAGGGCUCAGACAGAAGUAAAACUGUCACAUGAAAUAAAUGUUUCUGGAUGGCCUGUUGUGAAAAAUGGGCUAUAUAAAUACCGACUCUGUCCCUCUUGUAAUGUCGCCGUACAUAUUCUUCGAUAUGUUUGCAACUGUGGAUACAGCUUAAUUGAUGCCAGACGUAAAGCUAAGAAGGAAAGGAGGGCUCAGACAGAAGUAAAAGUCUCAGAAGAAAAAAAUGUUUCUGGUUUGCCUGUCUUGAAAAGCAGAGUGCAGACAUUCUGUCCCUCUUGCAAUGAUGUCAUCCAUAUUCGUCGAAAUAAUUGCAACUGUGGGUAUAGCUUUAUUGAUGCCAGACGUAAAGCUGAGGAGGAAAGCGAGGCUCAGACAGAAGUAGAGAGACCAGAAAAUGUUAAUCCUUCAGGUUUACCCGUCUUGAAAAGCAGCGUGCAGAAGUUCUGUCCCUCUUGCAAUGAUGUCAUCCAUAUUCGUCGAAAUAAUUGCAACUGUGGGUAUAGCUUUAUUGAUGCCAGACGUAAAGCUGAGGAGGAAAGCGAGGCUCAGACAGAAGUAGAGAGACCAGAAAAUGUAAAUCUUUCAGGUUUACCCGUCUUGAAAAGCAGAGUGCAGACGUUCUGUCCCUCUUGCAAUGAUGUCAUCCAUAUUCGUCGAAAUAAUUGCAACUGUGGGUAUAGCUUUAUUGAUGCCAGACGUAAAGCUGAGGAGGAAAGCGAGGCUCAGACAGAAGUAGAGAGACCAGAAAAUGUAAAUCUUUCAGGUUUACCCGUCUUGAAAAGCAGCCUACAGCAAAUGUGUCCCUCGUGCCAUGUCGUCGUUCAUAUUCGUCGACAUGUCUGCAACUGUGGAUAUAGCUUCAUUGAUGCCAGACGUAUUGCUAAGAAAGAAAGGAAGGCCAGAGUAAAGAGACAAGAUAAAAAAGUCCUUCUGGUUUGCCAGUCUUGAAAAGCAACUUACAAUGGUUCUGACCCCUCCAUACAAUGAUGUCAUCCAUAUGCGUUGACAUGUCCGCAACUGUGGUUAUAGCUUUAUUGAUACCAAAUGUUAAAGCUGAGGAGGAAAGCAAACCUCAGACAAAAUUAGAGAGCAGAAAAAAUCUUUCGAGUUUACCCGGUAAGCUCAAUUUUAAUUUUAUGCACAAUGUUUAAUAUAAAAAUAGAUGACAAAUUUGAUUCGUUACGAUUUAUUAAAUAACAAAAAUUACCAGCUUUCAUGAAAAUUCUUACAUACCAGUAAUGUCUUUUUCACAUAAGUAAACAGUUUCUAUUA